AUGAGUAAAAAGCAUGGUAAGGGCUAUCAAUUGCCAUUCAGUAAAAGUGAUGAUCUAUUGUUUGUUCAUGGAGUAGAUUAAGAAAAGCAAUUGAAAUUAAGGGAAUCAUAGUUAAGAAAAAGCACUUUACAUGAUUGUAUAAUAUAGAUGCCAAAGGAAUAACAAAAUAGAAGGAAUUCACAUAAUUCAAUUACGUUUAAAGAUGAAAAUAAAAAAGUAAAAUUGCUGUAUGUAUUUAUUUUUUAAAUUGCAGUCAGACUAAGAAAAAAAUUCUAACUUAGAUUGCUUAAUAUGGUUUUAAUGCUUAUAUGGCAGAAUAUAUAAUAGAGAAACAAAAUAUUUCAUUAGAAUAAGAUUAUUAGGUUCUUUUGGAUUCAGUAAUUGAUAAAAUUCAUUAGUUCGAAGAAUAAUAUAAAUCUUCUUUUGGAUUGAAGAUUAAAAAGAUUUCAAAUAAUUAAAUAGUUCCUAUUUAAAUAGAUGAACAACCAUAAAUAGAUUAAUUUAUAGUGGAAGAAACAAGAUAAGAAAUAGACAGUAAAGGUAAAGAUUAAGAUAAAAUGAAUGAUUGUGGUAUAUGUUUAGGUGAAUAUUAAGAUAAAGAGAAAGCUUUGAAUUGUAGACAUGAAUUUUGUAAGUUAUGCUUAUAAAAUUAUUUGGAUAAUAAAAUAAAUAAUGGUUAAGUUUUGGAAAUUGAAUGUCCUUAAUAAAAAUGUGAUAAUUAUUUUAAUGAUGAAGCAAUCAAGAAAUUAAUAAAUGAUGAGUAAUAUCAAAAAUAUGAAAAAUUCAAGAAAUAGAAAUUAUUAGAUAGAGAUGAUACAGUAAGAUGGUGUGUAAAACCAGGUUGUGAUAAAUAUAUUUAAGGAAAAAGCUUCUUAAGUAGGAUAGUAAGAUGUGAAUGUGGUUAAGAGAUAUGUUAUGAUUGUCGUAGAGAAGAUCAUCCUGGGAUGAGUUGUGAAGUAUUGAUACAAAUAAUAAUUAGGAAGCAUUAGAUAAAUAUUAUGAAUAAACAUUAAAAUAAUUAGUGAUACAACGAUGUCCAAAAUGUAAAGCACCAAUUUAAAAAAAAGAGGGAUGUAAUCAUAUGACAUGUUAUCAAUGUCGAUUUUAAUUUUGUUGGUUAUGCAAAGCAAGAUAUACUAGAAUGCAUUUUGAUUCAGAUAAUUGUUUUGGAUGUCCAGGUUUAAAUAUAAAGUUAUUUAUAAUAGAUAAACAAUUUUCAAAUGAUGAUCCUUAUAUUCGUUCUAGAUGGAAGAAGUAUUGUGGAAUAAUAUUUGAAUUAUUUGCUACAAUAUUGAUUCUACCAAUAAUUCCAUUUAUUUUAAUAUAUUAUAGUUUAAUGACUCCAUUGAAAUUAGUAAAACAUUGGAAUAGACAAUAUUAUAGAUAAAUGGAAGAUGAGGAUAGAUUAUGCUUACUUUUAAUAGGAAUAUUGUUUUUUCCAUUGAUAAUGGUAUUUUUAAUAUUUCCAGGAGCACUACUGUUGUUAGCAUACAAAAUAAAAUAUGAUUGA